UAUGAGAAAUCCUACUGUUGUAACUACUACUAGUCCUUUAGCCGUCAAAAACUUAGUUAAUUGUUAAAUAAAACGUAAUUUCAUUGCUGUAGACGGUUAAUCUAAGUGACAAGAGAUUUUGCAAAGCGUUAUUUGUAAUUUGAUGUAACCAAAAUAAGCGUAAUCAAUUGCUGAAGGCCCUCCUGAGGAUAACCGUACCGGAGCCUAGACCUAAGCCUACCUGUCAAAGAUGUCGGGUCUUUACGCUAUAAGACGUAUAUUUAGCACAAGCGCUAAAGUGAGGUAUAGUGGUGGAACCCUGUGGCAUGCUUUAGGAUGGUCAGCAUCAAAGCCAGUCUUCGGAUCAACAUUGCAACAGCAACCCAUGUCUUCUCAGGCCACAUACGAGACCCUCAGCGUCACUUGUGAAGGUGGCCUCCGAAUCAUCACCUACAACAGACCCGAGAAAAAGAAUGCCAUUAGUGAAAAGAUGUUUGAAGAAGUUGUUGUGGCACUGAAAGAAGCUGCAGAUGAUCCCAAUACGCUCAUCACAGCAACCACUGGGGCCGGCAACGUCUACACAGCUGGAAAUGACCUGAAGAACUUUCGUCAGAUGUCUGUUACAGAAAUUGCUGAUUUGCUAAUUAGGUAUUUUAAUGCUUUCAUCGACUUUCCAAAACCGCUGGUUGCUGUUGUGAAUGGAGCAGCUGUAGGAGCUGGGACUACACUCCUUCCAAUGUAUGAUGCUGUUUUUGCCACAGAAAGAGCGCUCUUCUUCACACCAUUCUCAUCUCUAGGCAUAACGGCUGAAGGGUGUUCGACGUACACCUUUCCAAUGGUCAUGGGGCACACCAAAGCAAUAGAAUUAUUACUUUUUGACAAAAAGGUCAGUGCAGCUGAGGCUUGCAAAUUGGGUCUUGUGACAGAAGUGUUCCCUGACAGUACCUUCCAAGAACAGGUGUGGCCUCGAGUGCGUGCCAUGACUAAGCUUCCACCAAAAUCUCUCCUUUACUCAAAAACGUUAUGCCGGGAAGUACACCGUGCAAAGCUGCAUGAGGUGAACAUCGCUGAAUCGAAGCGAGUGGCAGAGCGUUUUGGGGCAAGGCUCUGGCCUGAUAGUGACAGUUACAAAGAAUUUGCAAGUUCUCUGCCCCCUUUGCCUGCAAAUAUAAAGAUCUGAUAGCACUACUAAAAAUAAAAGUGGAUAUGUUUGGGUAUACUUUUGUUCAUACAAAUGGAUAGUACAAUGUACUGUUGAUAUUUUAUUAUUAACUGAAGAAGAAAUUGCAUUAUAGUGUUUUAUUAGUUUAUAUAUUUUAUAGUGCUUGUUUACAAUUUGAUAAAUAAAAAAAAAAUUUUU